AUAUUGCUACUUUUACUAUAAGUUAUAAUUUUGAAAAAGUAUUGCUAUUUAUUGUAAUUAUAGUCUUAAGGAUGCUAGUUUCUGUAAUUUUUCCAUAAGAAAAAUUGGGUUGGACACAUAUAAAAAGAGUCAAGAUAUGGGUAAUAUAUUAUAUUAUCUUAAAUUAAAAUUAAGAACUAAUUAGUUGCCACAUCAUUUUUCUGGUGGAAUUAUUAUAAAAUCCGGUCAUAGUGACUUUUGUGAUGGUUGGAACAAAGUAAAAUGAGUUUUAUGUAAUGAAUGAAAGAAAAAUGACUUUUGUGUAAUAGACACAAAGUUAAGUCACCAUGGAUGAAAUUUACUAGAGUAUUUAUUGCAAAUUUUAUGAAAUUUUACACAUAAAUUUAUAUUCCAUGAACCAUUCAGAUGAAUCCAUUACGUCUCUCUCAUUGGUGGAGCAAAAAAUUUCAAUUUUAGGGGUUCAAAAAAUGAAUAAGCAAACAUAGGAAGAAGCCAAAUGGACUCAACAUUUACUGUACAACAGCAACAACAACAAUAUAUCCAGUUUAUUCUCACUAAGUGUUUGACUAGGAGGAUUAGUAUAGGUCUAUUAAUAAAAUAAUUUUAAAUAUGGAUAAACAAUGUAAUUUUUUGCCAAACGGGGUUUGGAUGAGCCUUUGGCAAAGGCCUAUGCUACACUAAGAAAAAAAGUAAGUUGAGAUUACGAAGUGACUUAGUCAAACUAGAAAACUAUAAAGAAAGCGAGGCUAAGGUUCCAAAGUAAGGUCAGCUAUUAAGGUAAUCUUAGAUUGUGAAGUUGCUUAGCCGUUAAUCAAUUUUAAAAUUAAAGUUGUAGUGAGGCGUUAUACAGAGUUGCAUCAGCUGGUCACUCUGUAUCCCCCUCUAUGUCAAUGUAACAUUCAAUCAACUUAAUACGUUUUUCACACUGAAUAUAACUAUAUAUGUUAUGUGAAAAGUUACUAAAGUUUUAAAACUUAUUGUGUUUUGAACCCAUAAUCUAGUAAAAUCUUAAAGAUUAAAUCCACCAAAUUAUAGAUUAAAAUCAUAGACAUGAUUUUGCUUGUAGCAUAAAUUAAACCUACACAAUCUAAUAAUUUAGAAGUCAUUGAUCAAGGUUUGGUAGAAGAACUUAAUUAGUUCCUGAAAAUCGAAUCAAGAUAUUGAAUUUCAAUUAUUUGAGGAGACAUAUCAAUUGGUUGAACCUUGAUAAAGGAAACAGAUGUUUUAUGAAUCACUCACAUAUUCUUCUACAUUAUAUGUAUCACGGGAUUGUCUUGGAAAAAUAAUAUGGAUAUGCAAAAACAAACAUUUUUUACUGGAAACAUUUCUUUAAUGAAUUCCACGGGAGCUUCUAGUCAAUGGAAUAUGUAGAAUUGUUAAAUGCAAAUAAUUGUCUGUGAUACCUGUUAUAAUGGGUCUAAUUAUACUUAUUUCUAUAAAAAUUCAUAAUAGCGUGAGUAGACACACAUUUAAUGUUGAUCUGAAAUUUCAUUAAAUUGUAAAAGGAAGUCCAGUGCAAUAAACUCCCGCUGGUCUAUUGUACACAACUUUACCCUGCAGAGGCUGUUUUCAUUAAAUUGUAGAUAACUAAAAAUUAUAUUUGCACAUACAUCCGUUUCCAUACGGAUGUAUAGUGUUGAUUACUGAUUAGAAAAUACGGUAUAAAGUGUAUGCUAAACUAUGUAGUAUUUGUUAUUACUGAAGUUUAUGUUUCAAUCAAUUUUUUGGAACAAGUGCAUCGGUUAAAAGUUUUUUAUGUUUCAAUUAAUAUUGAAACAAAUGCAUUUUGAGUUAUAAAAAAAAUGAAUGUGAAAUUACAAUCGAAACAAAUGCAUCUUGAGCUACAAAUGCAUUAACAAUUGUAAAUUCAUUUACGUUUUAGGUUCUUGAAACUUGAAAGAAAGACAAUUUUUGUUCAUGAACCUAUUAACUAUUGCUUAAUUAAUACUUUUUACUUGCGUGAAAAAUUUUAUCUUAUAAAUAGUGUUUCUUUUGUUUAGAAAAGAUAAGCACUCAAAACUACUUUUCCCUUGAAAAACACUUGAGAGACAUUGAUCAAAUGGUGAAAUCACCAAUUCAAGAAUAGAAGAACAACAUUCUUGAAUGCUACUUGUUUUAUGGCUUAGUUGAAUUCCGAAGAUAGAGUUGUCACUAGUUCUUCCGUUUCCUCAUAGGAGAGACUCCAAAUAUCUUCAAGAAGCGUAUUUUCGUGCCUCUAAGCCAGGCAAGUUUUAUUUUGAAUUUCUUGUACAAUUGUCAUUAUUGUUCUAACAAUUUGAAGAUAGUUGUCUCUAUGACUUCUACAUCAAUAUCAAAUAGUAUUCCAUCUUUGCCUAAUCCUAAUUUUGAAAUAUUUGAUGGCAAAGACUUUCCUAGAUGGUGUGGAAAGAUGAAAUUCUUUUUAAGACGAUUAAAGUUGACAUACGUUCUUGAAGAACCUUGUCCUAAUGCUCUUAGUUCUGAGGUAGCAUCUGACGAGGCUACUUUGAUUAAAGAACAAAUUGCCAAAUGGCAAUAUGAUGAUUAUUUGUGCAAGAAUUAUAUGCUUGGAGGAAUGUCCAACAAAUAUUAUGAGCAAUAUUAUGUUAAAUGCAAAUAUGCUAAAGAGAUAUGGGACACUCUUCAAGCUAUUUAUUUAGCAGAAGAGGCGAGUUCUAAGAAAUUUCUCAUUUCAAAUUAUAUGGAGUUCAAAAUGGUUGAUGACAAGUCAAUCAUUGAACAAGUACAAGAAUUCCAACUUAUAGCUAAUAAAAUUGCUAUAUCUGGAAUUGCCCGUGAUGAAAACUUUCAUGUUGGUGCUAUUGUAUCAAAACUUCCUCCAUCUUGGAAAGAGUACCAAAGCAAACUCUUACAUAAAAAGGAAGGUUCGACUCUUGAACAAUUGUUGCAACACUUGCAAAUUGAAUAAGAGACACGAUGGCACGAUAAUAAUAGUUUGAAGGAACUUGUCAUGAAAGCUCAUAUGGUUGAAAAAAAAUCAAACAAGAAGGAACCAGAAAAUAAGAAUUUUUCAAAGGCAAAGAAGACUACAAAUUUCAAGCGUAAUGGUGCCAAUUUUAAAUCUGGUGAAUGCUAUCAUUGUCACAAAGUUGGUCACUAUGCGCAUGAUUGUAGAAUUCUCAAAGUCAAAAAGAAGAAAGAAAAAAUAUAUAAAAAUAAAAAAGAUGAUCUUAUGGCAAUGGUCACAGAAGAAUUUGUAGCGGACCGGCGCAACUCGUCACAUAUCAGUUAACCAAAAUUCUUUCAAGACUUAUGAAUUAGUGGGGGAUGGUAAAAUUGUAUAUAUGGGAAACUCCUCCUCUACUAAAGUUGUGGGAAAAGGAAAUGUUGAACUGAAGUUUACUUCCGAAAAGAUAGUUACAUUGAUGGACGUAUUGCAUGUUCCUGAUAUUCGAAAGAACUUGGUGUCAGGUAUGCUUCUUUCGAAGCAUGAUUUUAAAAUGAUUUUUGAGGCAAAUAAGUUUAUUUUAACUAAAAAUGGCAUGUUUGUUGGAAAAGGUUAUGUUGCAAAUGGAAUGUUUAAACUUAAUAUUGAAAAUGAAAAUAUUUCUACUUAUCUUGUGGAGUCUCUGGACUUAUGGCAUGAAUGUCUGGGACAUGUGAAUUUUAGAUCCAUUCAACUUAGGGUGAAUAAUGGAUUAAUCAAAGAUUGUGGAAAGAAUCAUACUACUAAGUGUCUUACUUGUAGUAAAUGCAAGAUUACGAAGAAGCCCUUUAAGACAGUUGAAAGGACUUCCACACUUUUGCAAUUAAUCCACACUGACAUUUGUGAGAUGGAUUAUUUGUCACGUCAGGAAAAAAGGUAUUUUAUCACUUUUAUUGACGACUACUCAAGAUAUACUUAUGUCUUUCCAUUGAAAACAAAAGAUAAAACAUUUGAAACUUUCAAAACAUAUAAAGCAGAAGUUGAAAAUAAAUUGAGUGUGAAAAUUAAGUCAAUUAGGUCUGAUAGAGGUGGAGAGUACUUAAAGUUAGAUUGUAUUAAUUUUUGUGAGUGAGAAGGCAUUGAAAAACAAUUGACCAUGUCCUAUACACCACAACAAAAUGGUGUAGCAGAAAGAAAAAUAGGACUUUCAUAGAAAUGGUUAAUUCUAUACUUUAUGGAUUUGAUAUAUCUGAAAAUUUAUGGACUGAAGCCUUGCUUUCAGCAUGCCAUAUUUUGAAUAGAAUUACUUCCAGAAAUUAUGAUGCAUCUCUAUAUGAACUUUGGAAUAAUCGAAAACCAAAUAUAAAUUAUUUUAAAGUAUGGGGUUGCUUGGCUCUUGUUCGAUUACCAAAUCAACAUUUAACCAAGAUUGGCUAUAGAGAAGUAGAUUGUGUGUUUAUUGGUUAUUCACAAACCAGUAAGGCUUAUAGAUUUUUAAAUCUUGAGACCCCAAGUCCUCACACAAUUGUUGAAUCUUUAUAUGCUAACUUUUUUAGCAUAUAUAUCCUAAGAAAAAAGAUUUUUUUGAACAAGAUUCAAGUUCUUCUAUUUCUCCUCUUAAAAGGAAAAUAGUUAAGCUAUUAGAAGAAAUUUAACCAGGAUGUAGUUCAAGAUCAACCAAAUCAAAAGACUUUGAACCUGAUUUUCAAGCUUAUUUGGUUGAAAAGGAUCUUGAAAGUUAUGCUGAAGCUAUGUCUUCACAUGAUGCUGCAUUUUGGCGUGAAGCCAUUGACGAUGAAAUGCAUUCUAUAUUAUCUAAUAAUACAUGGAUAUUGUCAUAUCUUCCUCCUGGAUGUAAACCAAUUGGUUGCCGAUGGAUUUUUAGGAAGAAAAUGAAAUUCGAUGGUACUUUAGAUAAGUACAAAGCUCGUUUGGUAGCUAAAGGCUUUACUCAAUUGAAAGAUAUUGAUUAUUUUGAUACUUUUGCACCUGUAGCUCGGAUGACCUCUAUUCGUCUCUUGAUUGCUCUAGCAACAAUUUAUGAUCUUGUGAUUCAUCAGAUGGAUGUGAAAACUGCAUUCCUGAAUGGAGAGCUAGACGAAGAAGUCUACAUGAAACAACCAGAAGGAUUUGUCAAUCCUGUUCAAGAACGUAAAGUUUGUAAGCUUCUUAAAUCUCUUUAUGGAUUAAAACAAGCUCUAAAAUAAUGGCAUGGUAAAUUUAGAAAAGUUAUGAUUUCUAGUGGCUACAUAAUCAAUGGUGGAAAUAUCUGCAUAUUUAGUAAAUUUUAAGAAAAUUCUAGUGUUAUAAUAUGUCUUUAUGUAGAUGACAUGUUGAUCUUUGGAACUGCUAUCGAAAGAGUCAAAGAAACAAAAUAUUUUCUUGCUUCUCAGUUUGAAAUGAAAGAUCUUGGAGAAGAUGAUGUAAUUUUAGGCAUCAAAAUUGUAAGAUCGACAAGUGGUUUGACUCUUACUCAAUCAAGUUAUAUUGAGAAGGUUCUAAAGAAGUUUGGUCAUUUUGACGACAAGCCUGCUCUUACAUCAUUUGAUCCUAGCAUCAAACUAGUACAAAACUCUGGUGAUAUUCUUGAUCAAUUGACAUAUUCUCAGAUUGUUGGGAGUCUUAUGUAUGCCAUGCAUUGUACUAGGACAGAUAUUGGUUAUACAGUAGAAACUUUGAGCAAGUUUACUGGUAGCCCUGGAGUUAAGCAUUGGAAUGCCUUAAUUCGUAUUUUAAGGUAUCUGAAGGGUACAAUUAAUGUUGGCCUAUAUUAUUCUACCUUUCUGACAAUUCUUGAAGAUUAUAGUGAUGCUACUUGGAAUUCUGAUCUGAAUAACUCUUAAUCUAUUACUGCUUGGAUUUUCACUUUGACUGGAGCAGCAAUAUCUUGGAGAUCAAAGAAGUAGACAUGUAUUGCUCACUUAACCAUGGAGUCAAAAUUUAUCGCUAUGUCUUCUGCUGAAGAAGAAGUUGAUUGGCUGCGGAGUAUGCUGAUAGAUAUUCCAUUAUGGGGUUGAAGGGGCAGCAUUUGAAGAUGGAAGGACGCCUAGCAUUUGGGACACAUUUGCUCAUGCUGGUAUUUAUGGAGGAGCCAAUGCGGAUGUAUCUUGUGACGCAUACCAUAAAUACAAGGAAGAUGUAAAACUCAUGGCUGAUAUGGGUUUGGAAGGGUACAGAUUUUCCAUUUCGUGGUCAAGACUUAUUCCCAAUGGAAGAGGUCUGAUUAAUCCUAGAGGGUUACAGUAUUACAACAAUCUCAUCGAUGAGCUCCUCAAUCAUGGAAUUCAACCACAUGCGACUUUAUGUCACAGUGAUAUUCCACAAGCACUUCAAGAUGAAUAUGGGGGUUGGAUGAGUCGAAAGAUAAUCGAUGAUUUCGCUGCCUAUGCGGAUGUGUGCUUCAAAGAAUUUGGUGACAGGGUUUUGUAUUGGACCACCUUAAAUGAAGUCAAUGUGUUCACCAUAGGCGGUUAUGAUAAUGGGCUCACACCCCCAAAUCACUGUUCCCCACCUUUCGGAAUUAAAUCCUGUUCCACAGGUAACUCUUCAACCGAGCCAUACAUAGUGGCUCAUAAUAUACUACUUGCUCAUUCAGCUGCCGUGAGACUAUACAGGGGAAAAUACAAGUCAACUCAACAUGGUUUUGUGGGAUUAAAUCUCUUUGCAUAUCGGCCACUUCCUUAUACAAAUGAGACAGCUGAUAUAAUUGCAGUACAACGAGUUUAUGAUUUCUAUGUAGGCUGGUUUGCCAAUCCCUUAAUUUCUGGCGAUUAUCCUGACAUAAUGAAGAAGAAUGUCGGCUCUAGAUUGCCCAAAUUUACAAGAGAAGAGUCUACGCAAGUUAAGGGCGCUAUAGACUUCAUAGCCCUGAACCAUUAUCAAACAGUACAUGUCAAAGAUAGCUCCAGCAGCCUUGAUAGUAAAAUCAGGGACUACAAUGAUGAUGGAGCAUUUGAAAUUAUAUAUACCGAUGAAGAUUCUCCACCAGGUCAGAUUGAAUAUCCAGUGACACAACCGGGGCUAGGAGAUAUAUUAGAAUACCUCAAGCAAGCUUAUGGCAAUCCACCUAUAUAUAUUCAUGAAAAUGGUCAAUUGACAAGGCGAAAUGCUACGUUAAAUGAUACAAGCAGGGUGGAAUAUCUGCAAGCUUACAUUGGGAAUUUGCUUGAUGCUAUGAGGAAUGGAUCAAAUGUGAAAGGCUACUUCACGUGGUCGUUCCUAGACUGUUUUGAGUUAUUUGACGCAUAUGGUUCGGCAUUUGGCUUAUACUAUGUGGAUUUGGAUGACAAAGACUUAACUAGAUAUCCAAAGUUUUCUGCAUAUUGGUACUCUAAUUUCUUGAAGGGAAAAGACUCCAAACAUACUGCACUUGUUGAUAUUGAGGAUAAACUACAUUCUUCCCAAUAAGUAUUUUGUGGUUGCCUUUGUAUGUAUUUCACAAAUGUCAGCUGAUUUUUUUCCACUUCUUGCAAAUAAUGAUUCAUCAAGUCUGAAUUAGUUGUGGAAACUUGUGUAAUAAUUCUAAGGGAUAAUUGCCAUAUUUGAAUUAUUAAUAGUUAUAAGACCACAUGAUAUUGUUCUACAA